AUGAAUUUACAGACCGCCUUUUUUCUCAUUCCACACUCAUUCGUCAAUGUCUUUAAUGUAUGUCUACGAAUCGCAGUUAAGAUGUACAUGUGUUAAUUCUUAUACAGUGUUAUUAAAUUUUUUUACUGUAAACUUAUCGUUUAAAGACUUAAAGAGAUGAAAAAAAUGACUUUAAGAUUCAUCAUUUGUGACACUUGAAAAUAGUUUUAAUCGAGACGUUCAUCUGUUCUGUUCGUAGUUCUAUCAACAAAGAAAUGAACAUAUUAAGACAAUAGAGGAUUAUGAAAAGAAAUAGAAAUAGAGUGAAAUCGAAAUAAAAGAAAAGAAAACAAAGCAGAUACAAAUAAAUAAAGAAAAGAGCAUGAAAUUGUGAAAUUGAAAGGAAAGUUCAGUAAAGUGAAGUGAGAUGAAAAUUUAAUUGACAUUUUGCAACUGAUACACUGCUCUAUUAAUUAAAAAUAUAACUUCCAUAUCUAUAUUUUACGAAAAGUUUGCUAUUCUUUUGAGGAUAAAACAAAUAAAAAUAAUUCAACUGACGUAUGUGCAGUUUAACUUUGAAGGCAGAGAAAAGAAAAUCAAAUAAACAAGAAAAACUAAGUUCCCUUUUCUAUCGUAAAUUGAUUACAAAGUUUUCAAGUUUCAAACUUUAUUGAAUUAUAAAAGAAUUUUUUUCGCUCACUUAACUGAAAGCUGAACAGCAACGAAGUGAAACUUUUUCCUUUACUUUUGCACAAGACAUUUUAAUUAUUUAUGAGAAUCCGUUGUGCCAGAAAUAGAGUGUCUUUAUAAGUUCAAGAAGCGAUCUAAUUUAAUAUUAACGUAAUAAGGAUAAAAUUGAGAUGGAUUCAACAAAUAGAGAACAACACUUAGCAAGAGCUGCGUCGAAAAUUGUUGAAAAGUUAGUAAUAAGUACUGUCCGUCCAAAAAUUAAGCAUAAUCAUACUAAACCAGAAAAUGAGCAGAUCAACACGGCGGUAAUGAAAGUUCUAGAAGGCUAUGAUUGGACAUUAGUACAGGCACCAGUCAAAUUGCCGACUGAGAAGAAAAAGGAGCACAUAAAGAGACCGAUGAAUGCAUUCAUGGUCUGGGCACAAGCAGCACGACGUGUAAUGUCUAAACAGUAUCCGAAUCUUCAAAAUUCUGAACUCAGCAAAUCGUUAGGCAAAUUGUGGAAGGAUUUAAAUGAUUCCGAUAAGCGUCCCUUUAUAGAAUUUGCUGAAAAUCUACGGUUGAAUCAUAAGAUGGACCAUCCUGACUAUAAAUAUCAACCGAGAAGGAAAAAAAUGAAAUCAAUUAAUGGAAAUGGAAUUAGUGUAAUUGAAGAUAAGCAACAAAUACCACAACUGCCGAGAAAAUCAGGCAGACGAUCAAAGAAGCAUGUUGAAAGUGAGGAAAUUGAUGAUAAUGAUUCUGAUAAAGAUGAAUAUAAAAUGGGAUGCAUGAAUUAUGCAACCAAUUAUGAUAACCGUGCAAAUGUAAUACCAAGUUACCCAGUCUUUUCAUCAUAUAUGUCACCUACAACAACAAGUUCCUCUCAAGAUGGCAUAAAUUCAUACCAAAAUAAUUAUAAUGAUUUUUAUAAUGCAGCAGCAGUACAGCAACGAAAAUAUGAGCAAAGUUUACAGAACAACAAAAAUGUUGAUUCACCUCAUUCAUCUACAACGACGGAAGAGCACUCAAUAACGCCACCAGAAACUUCAAUUUCCUCAACAAUUUCCUCCUCUGCUGCAUCUGCUACAAUUGCACGUUCAAUGUCGCCUAAUGGAAAUUUCCGUGAAUUGUCACCAUCCCUUAUUGCAUCUCAUUCAAUUAUGAAAGAAGAUUAUGCAGCAAACGAUUGUCCUUAUCGUCCUGCAACAAAUACUAUCGAGCCAACAUCUACAACCAUGAUGCCAUCAAACAAUAAAGACUUAAAUUUAAUCUCAAAAUAUAAUCAAGAAUCAUACCGCAUCUAUUCGCACCAAUUACACCAUCAUCAUCAUUACCAUUAUUCAUUACCUACUUCACCACAGGGAUCUGUGAGUCUGCCAUCUACAUCUGCUAGUUCAAUUAAUUAUCCUUAUCAAACUUAUCCACAGGCAAUUGAUACGGAUGUAGACGUAGACGAAAUGGAUCAAUAUUUAGAUAGUGGAAAAUAUCGUAAAGUUUGCUACUUAAAACCCGAAAAUUCCCUUACUGAAUUGACUCCAAUAAAUACGACUGCAGGAGCCCACAGUUUAUCGGGAAAUUAUCAGCAUCAAUCGAUGAUGAUGAAACAACUUGAUGGUGAAAAUUUAAUGCAUGCUUCACCACUUGAUGUUACACAAUCAAAUACAAUAUAUGGAAAUGAUAAUUAUGCUGAAAAUUGUCCAAACUCUUCAGCAUCAAUUUCAUCACCCUAUGCUACAUAUGGUGCAAAUUGGGUUAAUUAUGGAAUGUAAGACUUUCAUAACAACUGUAAAAACUUAUUAUUUUUUGUAAAUUGAAAAUUUUUUCUAAACAUUUUGUGCCUUAAUUAUGCCUUAAUAUAUUUUUAUAAUGUCUGUAAUAUUAAAAUAUUUUAACACAUCCAUUCGAUUUUUCUAUGUGCUCAGUAUAAUUAUAUUCCAUUGUAUUAUAAUAAAUGUAUUGUCAAAGGUACAUACAAAAAUAUAUAAUCUUUUAAACAUUUUAUGGACAAAUUUUUCAUUAAAAGUAAGGAAUUAAUUAGAGAAAAUUAAUGGAUCAAUAAAUAAAAUUUUAGAAUUACCUAUUUUGAAAUUUUCGUCAAAAUAAAUUAAGGAAUUUUUAUUAAAAAGAGUAUUAUUUAUUCUAUUCUUGUUUUUCCCAUGCUUUUUAUUUAUAGUUUACUGAUGUUUCAGGAUUACCCCUAAAGGUUCGUUUACUUAUUACGUUCGUAAUUUAGGGAGGAGGAGGUUUCGGAUAUUCUAAAAUUACUCAAGCAGAUAUUCAAGUAGAUGUUCAGAGUAUCGGAUUUGUAGGGCUGUAAGAUAAUCCUUUAUACCUAGUAAGUAAGUGCUUGGCUUCCUAUUCAAAUCUGUGGAUGAGAUACUAUUCAGUGGACAAAAUGGCGAAGAAACAAUCCUAAGACUCCUCCAUUUUCUAUUCACUGUAUGGUUCAACGCCUAAAUGGUAGAGCGUUGGCCUUCUGUGCCAAAGGUCCUGGGAUCAAUCCCAGGCCAUGUCUAAUUUCGAAGCUCUUUUUCCAUUUGACCGUUCUAGUUACGAAGCUCGGUUCGUGUGCUGGGUGUAGUUUUGAGGUCUUUGGCACAGAAUCUGCCUCCUUUGCUAGGUAUACAAGGAUAUACUAGCAUCUGGAUGACUUCCUUACGCCAUCUUGCGUACACGAAUCGUGACUAGGUUCAUUGCAGGGUACAUCAGGUCUUAUGACGAACUCGUGUCUUUGCAAUGUGCAGAGCUUGCAAGUGGUUCGGAUCCCACUAUAAACUGUAGGUCUAAAGGGUGUGGUACAAUAGAUU